GCGGGGCGCUAGGCUCCGUAAGGGUGUAUGUAGCAGUAGGUUUUCCACCGCGGUUUACAGGGGUCCUAGGAUGGCGGCGCUACCGCCCAUGCCGGUUGCAGAGGGUGCGAUUGUGACCGUAGUACCUGUGUCGGGUGCCGACAGAUAUGGCGAGUCACCUGAAGUCGAAGGAGAAGGAGUUGGAGUAGCGGGCGAAGAGAAGGACUCAUCCACGAGAGGAGCGGAGGCCUUUGGGGACAGCGAGGAGGACGGGGAAGAUGUUUUCGAGGUGGAGAAGAUCCUGGACAUGAAGACCGAGGGGGGUAAAAUCCUUUAUAAAGUUCGAUGGAAAGGAUAUACAUCAGAUGAUGAUACAUGGGAGCCUGAGAUUCAUUUGGAGGACUGUAAAGAAGUUCUUCUUGAAUUUAGGAAGAAAGUUGCAGAAAACAAAACUAAAACAGUCAAGAAGGAUAUUCAGAGACUAUCUUUAAAUAACGACAUAUUUGAAGCAAACUCUGAUAGUGAUCAGCAAAGUGAGACAAAAGAAGAUACUUCCCCAAGGAAGAAAAAGAAAAAAAUAAGGCACAAAGAAGAGAAAAGCCCGGAUGAUUUAAAAAAGAAAAAAACAAAGACUGGGAAACUAAAAGAUAAAACCAGGCCAGAGCUAGAGAGCUCCUCUGAAAAUUUUGUAUUUGAUUUAAGGACAAAGAAAAGAAUUUUGGAAGCCAAAGAAGAAUUAAAGGACUCUAAGAAGCCCAAAAAGGAUGAAAUCAAAGAAGCUAAGGAAUUAAAGAAAGUUAAAAAGGCUGAAAUAAGAGAUUUAAAGACUAAAAUGAGAGAAGAUCCCAAAGAAAACAGAAAAACAAAAAAAGAGAAAUGUAUUGAAUCUCAGCUAGAGUCUGAAUCAAGUGUGCUUAAUGAUUCUCCUUUUCAGGAGGAUGACAGUGAAGAGUUACUUAAUGACAACAGAGAAGAGAAACAAAAAAUUAAAAGUAUAAAAGAUAAAACAUGCCAGGAGGCACUUCAAGAGGGUAGUUUGGAGAAACAGUUGGAUGAAACUGUAAGUGCUGAUGAGGAUGCUGAUGUCAAAGCCAAGAGGAAAAAAAAGAAGUUGAGGAAGACUGAAGAACCAAAAGAGAGCAAAAGGCUAGAAAACAAGAACAUCAUCUUCUCAGAGAAAAAAACUAUACCUAAAAAACAAAGGAAUCAAGACAAGGGUAGAAGUAACACAGAAUUAGAUAAACUGAGCCCACCUUCAUCUGCUCAAACACAGAAGGAUUCCAGGACUGGUGGGGAAGAGAGAGUCCUCAGGUCCCCUGACUCAACUGAGGAGGAGAAAGAGACCAAAAAAAUUGAACCUAAAGAAAAGUACCAGAAAAGACAUGAUUUAGACAAGGAAGAAAAAGGUCGAAAAGAGCCAAAGGGAUUGAAGACAUUUAAAGAAAUCAGAAAUGCAUUCGAUUUAUUUAAAAAAACUACAGAAGAGAAAAAUGAUGUUCCUGAGAAUAAUCGGAAAAGAGAAGAAAUACCACUUGAUUGUAAAACCACAGAAGAUCAUAAAACCAAGGAAAACAAGUAUUCAUUUAAAGAGAGGAGGAAUACCAGAGAUGAAACUGACACUUGGGCAUACAUUGCUGCAGAAGGUGAUCAGGAGAUUUUGGACAGUAUGUGCCACAUGGAUGAGAAUUCAGAUGGUAGGCAACAGAUUUUGAGUUUGGGCAUGGACCUGCAGCUGGAAUGGAUGAAAUUAGAAGAUUUUCAAAAGCACCUCGAUGGAGAAGAUGAGACUUUUGUCACAACAGAUACAAUUCCAAGUAACUUGUUGAGGGAUGCUGUGAAAAAUGGGGAUUAUAUUACUGUAAAGGUUGCACUUAACUCAAAUGAAGAAUACAACCUGGACCAAGAGGAUUCCAGUGGGAUGACACUGGUGAUGCUUGCUGCAGCAGGCGGGCAGGAUGACCUCUUAAGACUUCUUAUCACCAAAGGUGCAAAAGUGAAUGGACGACAGAAGAAUGGAACCACAGCCCUCAUCCAUGCCGCUGAGAAGAACUUUUUAACCACAGUGGCUAUUCUUUUGGAAGCUGGAGCUUUUGUAAAUGUCCAGCAGAGCAAUGGUGAGACAGCACUCAUGAAAGCCUGUAAAAGAGGAAAUUCAGACAUUGUACGGCUUGUAAUUGAAUGUGGAGCUGACUGCAAUAUUUUGUCAAAGCACCAAAAUAGUGCGCUGCAUUUUGCAAAGCAGUGUAACAAUGUGCUUGUGUAUGAUUUGCUGAAGAGCCAUUUAGAGACGCUUUCAAGAGUGGCAGAAGAGACAAUCAAGGAUUACUUUGAAGCUCGUCUUGCUCUACUGGAACCUGUAUUCCCAAUAGCAUGCCAUCGACUCUGUGAGGGGCCAGAUUUCUCAACAGAUUUCAAUUAUAAACCUCCACAAAACAUACCAGAAGGCUCUGGCAUCCUCCUCUUUAUUUUUCAUGCAAACUUUUUGGGUAAAGAAGUUAUUGCUCGGCUCUGUGGACCAUGCAGUGUACAAGCUGUAGUUUUAAAUGAUAAAUUUCAACUUCCUGUUUUUCUGGAUAGUCAUUUUGUUUACUCCUUCAGCCCUGUUGCAGGCCCCAAUAAGCUCUUUAUAAGGUUGACAGAAGCACCCUCUGCCAAGGUUAAGCUGCUGAUAGGUGCAUACAGAGUGCAGCUGCAGUGACCAAACAGAACUGGGAUGGAGUUACUUUCAGACCUAGUCCUAUGUACUCUUUUUGGAGCAGUUUGGAAUUCUGGCACAUCUAAAACUUUCAAAUGUAAAGUUUCAUCUGUAAACUUCUUGCAGUAUAAGCUUGUCAUCUGUUAGUGUCAGACUAUAAUACAUAUAAAAUACAGAUGUGUGCCAGUAUUCUGCAAUCUUAGCAUUAUAUCCAGACUGCGUAUUUCUUUUUUUCCACAAUGUGGAAAGAUACAUGAGGAUUAUUUAAGAAAAUUAAAGAACAAGACUUUUUCGACUCAAUUUUCUACUGUCCUUGGUGAAUCUCUGUGUUAAGAAAAAAAAAAAAAGCAAAGCAUUUACUUACAGAAAAGGAGGCAUCUGUACUCAAAUCAUCCAAGCACUGAAUAAAGUGAAUUUUCUGGCUGUGAA